AUGGCCAUUGAGGGAAAUAGUGCAAAAUAUUUUUCCAGAUGGAGUAUCCUGUCCACUGACGUGUUCCCGAGGCUGCAGGCUGAGGAACAUGCGAGUGGACAGGAUAUUCCCGAGGGGAGAUUUUUUAUAAUAUUUCCCGAAAAUGUGGUAGAUCUGAGAAUUCUUAACUAUCCAGAGGAAAGUUCGUUAGACAACACAGGAACACUGUUCAGUCAGAAUACUGUUUCAGCCAGACGUUUUCGAAUUCGUUCAAGAUCAGCAGAAAUAAUUGGAUAUUUAUUUAUUAAAUAUUCUUCAACAGUUGACAAUUUGAAAUCAUGGCUUCUGGUUUGAGUGACGCCGACGUUAAGAAACUGAAGAGGGUCUUCGGUAUGUUUGACAUCAACAAGGAUGGUCUUAUUAGCUCCGACGAACUCUUCUCUGUCUCUCAGCGUUUGGGAUAUGUUAUCCCCAAAGGCAAAAUUACCGCGAUCAUGCGGAGGGUUGAUGUUGACCACUCUGGGACCAUUGAUUUCGAAGAGUUUCUUCAAGUCAUGAGUGACAUACAGAAUGAAGGCGCGGGUAAAUCAAAGCUUCCCCGAAGUAAAAAGGAAAGAGACAAGAAAGGGGACAAGGGAAAAUCGGAUAAGAAACAUGAAGACAUCUCAGUUGAACAAGCUGCAGAGGCAUUUCCUGAAUCUUCACCUGAAGAUGCCUCAACAUUAUCUUCUGACUCUCUCGAACGACUAGACGGAGAUGUAGUUGGAAACGGGCAAGAUCAGAAAGCAGAUUUUGGACCUGGUGAACCUUCCGUGGAAGGAGAUGAGCCAUUGGAAGAAUUUGUGGAAGCGAGUGAGACAGUCCCAGUAGAGGCACCCCAACAGCAAUUUGAGCAAGUUGAUGCUCCACCAAAGUUUGAUCCUUUUCACGAAACUGAACUUCAAAUACAAGAAUCUAUAGAUAGGAGUAGUGAAGAUGACCAUAUUGUUGAGGGACAACAUGGUUUCUCCGAGUCCCGUUUUGCCCAAUACCAACAACAGGAGGUUGUCCCUGACUACUCGACCCCACCGAUGGGCCAACCAUGGAGUGCCUCACCAGAAGGAUAUGAUCCAUGGGCUGCACCAGGAAAUCAACCAAUAGUACCACCAACAGCCAAUAUGGGCCAAAGUGAAAUGAUUGAAACAUCAGUUGACACACAAACUCAACAGCCUGCGUCUGAUUUGAACGCUGAUGCUCCGGAGUAUGUUCAGCGUGAUCAUGCUCCACCAUUGACACCUGCGCAAAGUCUCGAUGUUGAUCCCAGCGUAGAAGAAAUCAGUCAAGAUCAUGUGGAAGCCCUAAGAAAGGAGAUGUAUGGAGAACAGGGCAUGCAAGAGCCAGUUCCACCACCAUCAUCAGAGUAUGUUGGUAAUCAAGAGCCACCUCAAGAAAUAGCCCCAUCAAGUGAAUUACGUGAAACGCAAGUACAAGCCGUAGAUGAGGCUAUUCCUCAAUCAGUAGACGAUGGCCAGGUUCAAGCACCACCUAAGAAUAUAUCAGAUGAUGAUCUUUUGGAUCAAUUAGUGACAAAUGCUGAAGUCGAGGUCCUCAGAAGAAAGGCGGAAGCAGAAAAACUUGAAAAGGAGAGACUUGAUGAUGUAAAUGCUAAUGAAUCUCAGAACGUAAUAGAUCAACAACAAGAGCCUAUCGCCCCACCUGGACUGAUUCGUUACAAUGAAGUUCAGCUAGAGGCAACUGAUGGUAGUAGUGAUUCAAAAAUGAGUGAUACUCAGACUACAACAGAUGGUGAGUAUUCGCCGAGCUUUGUUGCCCAUCGUGUUUAUGCAACGGAGAAAUCUGUUCAACCAGAAGCUGAGACAAACACUGGGAAGUAUAUGCCUAGUUUUGUGGCGCACCAAGUGCAACAAGAAGAUUCAUCUCAAAGGGAAACAACUGGACCUCAAAGUGCAGUCAGUGAAACAGAGCAGCAAUCAGAGGGUUACAUGCCAAGUUUUGUAGCGCAUGAGGUUACAACUGCUGUACAGAAAGAGUAUGAACAAAACGUUGCUGAUGAUCAGAGACCAAUAACCGAUGAGCAGGGUCAGGGUCAGGUAUCCACUGAUGGCUAUAUGCCUAGUUUUGUAGCGCAUCAAGUCCCAAGUACUGAUGAUUCACAAAUGGAAAAUAAAACGCUAGAACAAAAUAUUGUGGAUGAAACCGCUCUUCCUGAAUCUGUUGAACAAACAAGUGACCAGUCACAACAAGUUGAACCCCCAAAAACUGCCGAUACCCUGCCUACAACCAGUGAUGGUAUUGCAUCCGAACCUGAGACAUCCGAUAGCCAGUCUCCAACGUAUAUGCCAAGCUUCGUAGCCCAUAACGUCUAUACACCGGACUACAAAACAACAGAGGGUACCGAGAUAGAGCUCAGGCGCGACAGCUCAGAAACCCCUGUCUUCCCAGCUGCCUCUCCAGAAGAGCAGAUGCAGUUUAAACCAACUGAUGAAUCAGAAAAAUCAAAAGCUGAUGACGCAUCUCAAAAGUCAGACAAUCAAAGAUCACCUGAAUUAUUCACCGAAGAACUUCUUUCUACGAAGAUUAUUCCAGUCCCAGAACCUGUCAAAGACAUUACAAAAGAAAAGAAGAUUAAAAAAGAAAAGACCAAGACCAAAAAGAAAGGAGAACGACCACAGCAGGACAAGAAAAAAUCUAGUGAGGAACAGGUCAUCAACAAUAUGUCAAUGAGAAGAAGAAGCAGUUUCGCUCGAUCUUUGAAGAGUUUAGAGCCUGAAUAUGACGACAGUGUGCUCGAUGGGGGUUUAACUGCCAAGGCAGAAGACAGGCAUGUUUUCGAAAUCGCAUGGGAGGUCGCAAAUAAAGUUGGAGGUAUCUAUACAGUUAUAAAGACCAAGGCAGCAGUGAGCAUCGAGGAGUUGGGUGAACAGUAUUGUCUACUGGGUCCCUACAGCGAGGCAUGUGUACGCACUGAGGUUGAGAUUACAGAGCCACAGAACUACUUUCUCCGUCAAGCUAUACAAUCUAUGAGAGACAAGGGGAUUAAGGUUACACAUGGUAAAUGGCUGAUUGAGGGCUAUCCAACAGUUAUUCUGUUUGACAUAGGAUCUGCAGCAUGGAUGUUGGAUAACUGGAAGCGUGAAAUAUGGGAGAGUUCUCACAUAGGAAUUCCAUGGCACGAUCGAGAGGCUAAUGAUGCCGUCAUAUUUGGUGCCCUUGUAGCAUGGUUCCUGGGAGAGUAUCGCAAAUCAAUUGAUGAGAAAGCUAUCGUGGUAGCACACUUCCAUGAAUGGCUAGCUGGUAUGGGGCUUGUAUUAUGUAGGACUAGACAUUUAAAUAUAUCAACAAUCUUCACAACCCAUGCCACUCUCCUCGGAAGAUACCUCUGUGCUGGUGCCGUUGACUUCUAUAAUAACUUAGACAAUUUCAACCUUGACAAAGAAGCAGGAGAUAGAGGGAUAUACCAUAGGUAUUGCAUGGAGCGUAGUGCAGUGCACUGUGCCCAUGUGUUCACUACUGUCUCCCAUAUCACAGGAAUAGAGAGCAAAAGCCUCCUAAAGAGAGCACCAGAUGCAAUUUUGCCCAAUGGUCUCAAUGUACAGCGAUUCGCAGCUCUUCACGAGUUUCAGAAUUUACACGCAAGAGCCAAAGAUAAAAUUAAUGAUUUUGUUCGAGGACACUUUCAUGGGUACUAUGACUUUGACCUUGACAAGACGUUAUAUUUCUUCACAGCUGGACGCUAUGAGUUUAGCAAUAAAGGUGCUGACCUCUACCUCGAGUCUCUUGCUAGGCUGAACUAUUAUAUGAAGGAAUCAGGAACAGAUGUGACGGUUGUAGCUUUCCUUGUAUUUCCCGCAAGAACCAACAACUUUAAUGUAGAGUCGCUCAGAGGUCAAGCCAUUGCUAAGCAACUGAGAGACACUAUAGCACAAGUACAGAACAACAUAGGAAAACGAUUAUUUGAAAUAUGUUUGAGGGGUCACGUACCUGAAGGAGAUCAAAUACUUUCUCAGGAUGAUAUUGUCAAAAUGAAGAGAUGUAUUUACUCUGCACAGAGAACCACACUACCCCCAGUCUGUACCCACAAUGUCAUUGAUGAUGCAAAUGAUCCAGUUCUUUCAACGAUUAGGCGAAUUCAACUCUUCAACAAAAGCAGCGACAGAGUCAAGGUCAUAUUCCACCCAGAGUUCCUCAACUCCACCAACCCAUUGUUUGGUAUGGAUUAUGAAGAGUUUGUGCGUGGCUGUCAUCUAGGAGUCUUCCCAUCAUAUUAUGAGCCUUGGGGGUACACUCCAGCUGAGUGUACUGUUAUGGGUAUACCAAGUAUCACAACCAACCUCUCUGGUUUUGGCUGUUUCAUGGCUGAGCAUAUAGCGGACCCAAUGUCUUAUGGAAUAUACAUAGUUGACAGGCGAUUCAAGAGCCCAGAAGAAUCUGUUCGACAGCUUGCACAGAAUAUGUUUGACUUCACAAAUCUUUCAAGACGUCAGAGGAUUAUCCAGAGGAACAGGACUGAGCGACUCAGUGAGCUGCUGGAUUGGAGAAACCUCGGAGUGUACUACCGCAAAGCCAGGAAUCUUGCUAUUUCUAAAACAAACCCUGAGUUGUUUGAGGACUCGGACAGUGCCUCCGGGAAGAGAUUCUACUACCCUAAACCUGCUUCUGAGCCCCCCUCUCCCAGCGCCUCUCGGUCUACUACCCCCUGUCCAUCAGAUGUAGAGGAUGCUGAUGGCGAUGAGGACUCACAUGAUUCAGAUGAAGAAAGGGAGGAAUUGAGCAAGAAAGAAUGAAAGUUGUAACUGGUUAGCUGGACCAUUUAGUGCUGCCAACUAUGUGAUAGAAAGACGCGUAAUAUUAUUGAUUGCAAACGAUGAGACUAUAAGAAUUUCGACAGUAUAUUGAAACAAGAUGCAGCUGAGUAAGGAAGAGAGGGAUACACAAAAAAAACAUCUAAACAUAAGAUGCAGAAAAUGUAGAUGCUUUAUUUUACCUUUAUACCAAUGAUUACAUAUAAUCGACACUCAAUCGAUGAAGCAUCUCACACAUAGUGUAGUCCAGAUAUUUAAGUCAGGAUUGGUUGAGAAAUGACAGUCAUAAGUGAAGCUGUUUGUUAAUGAGAACAGCUUCAAGUCCAGUAUAACUGAACCCAAUAAAAGUAAACCUUUCCAAUCUGUACACCACUUGAAUGGUCAGGCCAAACAUGUUAGAUUGGCAGCUAUUCACAUUUUGAGGCAUUUUUAACAUGGAAUUCUAUGGCAGAUAAAAUAUGGGACUGAAAAAUGUU